AUGUUAGACCCGUAUCCGCAACCACAGACCGCCGAGUUCUGUCUACGCGUCCCACUUGACUAUGGCACGUCCGUCGUGGAGGCGCCGUGCCGUUGGGACUACGUGAUCGUGUUUCCUAAUCCGCCCAAGCACGCCAUUGAGGUGAGCGAUGAGCGUGACACGAUCAUCAAGCGUCUGCGUGGUGCGGGGCUACGACUACGCCUCUUUUACUCGUCCGGUAAGAAGCUGGUGUUCUGCAAAAUCCGCGCGCCUGUGGAGCUCAUGCGCCGCGAAGCAGAGCUCCUUAAUAUGCACCUGCAGCUGGACCCGACGGAGCUUCGUCGCGCCUCGUUCAACGGCAUUCCCGAGUAUAGCAUUGCUCCAUUUCCAAUCCGAGACGUUAAACAGACGUAUCGCUACUCACCAUUCGACUACAUCUUUGCGCCCUAUUUCCAAGCUCGAGACGUGCAGCACUUUUAUGCCAGGAAGGGCCCCAAUGGCUCGCUCUUCUCCAGCACCGACCGUAUUGGAAUCAUCGAGCACAUCAUCACUAACCAUCAAACAGGUGCCGGUCAAGAUCUUGAUCGUCUUAUUUAUGAGAGGAUUAUCGUAGAUACAUACCCGUUGCAUGAGGAGGAGGAGAAGGCGGAACUCAAGAAGCGCUGGAUGGUGUGGAGUGCGUCCCCUAUGAGCCAACCCUUUGACCGCAUCUGUCAUUACUUCGGUGUCAAAGUGGCGCUCUACUUCUUGUAUUUGGGGCACUACACCAAAUGGCUCUUGUACCCGACAUUGGUGGGCAGCGUCACGGGCAUCGUGAGGUAUUCCGUGCCACAAGACGACUACAACACCGUGUUCGCCUACAUCUCGCCACCUUUUGGAGCUUUUAUGACUAUUUGGAUGACCAUUUAUCUCGAGAAUUGGAAGCGACUUAACUCGCGAGAGACGCUUCGUUGGGGCACUGCACACUUUUCGGAAACGGUGAACCUCCGCCCGCAAUUUUACGGCGAGCGUAUUCCCUCGCCCAUAAAUGGCAAGUCAACACGGUACUUUCCCCCUCGUGAAAAGCUUAAACGAGUAGCUUAUAGCUGGGUUGUCAUCUCGUUCCUUAUCCUGAUCGUGUUUGUUAUCGUGUCCUCGAUUUUCAUGCUGACAUACGACCUUACGAAGGGAGACGACUCGGACAAGCUUGUGUUGGAUGACUACAAGUACGGCUCGAUUGUGUCGUCCCUUGCAAACGUUGUUCAGAUCACCAUCAUGACCAAGAUCUACAAUUACGUAUCAAUUAUGCUUGUAGACCAGGAGAACCAUCGCACGGAUAUGGAGUACGAAAACAGUCUCAUCGUCAAGACUGUGAUUUUCCAAUUCGUUAACAACUACGCGGGUCUAUUCUAUGUGGCGUUCCUGAAGGAAGGAUUUGAAGGCUGCGAUGUAAGUUGCAUGCAUGAACUCGAGUACAUGCUCGCCAUCGUGUUCUGCUCUCGGCUGUUUGUGGGCAACAUCACCGAGGUUGCCAUCCCGCGUUUGUUCGUGUACUUAAGCAAGUACCAGCUGCUGGGCCACUUGGAUGAGUACAAGCAGUCCGAUGCCGAACGCGAGCUCUUCAUGGCGCAAUACGAUUGGCAUGGCACCUUCGACGACUAUACUGAGAUGGCGCUUCAAUUCGGCUUCACAACUAUGUUCGUUGUGGCCUUCCCGCUUGCGCCUUUGCUCUCGUAUGUGAACAACUACUUUGAGAUCCGCUUGGACGCCUACCGUCUCCUUUUUGAGUCGCGCCGUCCUCGACCGCGUAACGUGCGUAACAUGGGAUACUGGUACCUGGUGCUGCAAGCUUUUGCAGCCAUCUCCGUAUGCACCAACGGUGCCGUUGUCAUCUUUACAGGUGAUUUCUUCAAUUACCUGGAGACUUCCACCCGGGUGUGGAUGUUCUCGAUAUUUAUCGGUGGCAUGUUCAUGUUCAAGUACUCUCUCGAGGUCUGCAUUGAUGACGUGCCGGAAGAUGUGACGGUGCAGAAAUACCGUCAGGAGUUCCUCAUCAGCAAAUGUCUAUACCACGUGCCCGACGACGAUGUCAAUUGUCCGAUUGGUGACGACAACGAUGACCAAGAGAACAUGAUCAUCAUUGACGACGAAGACUCUUCGUGA